AUGAGAAGUAAAACCAAAAUCGAUUAUAUUUGGAUAUUACAAAGCUGGAGUCUAAACUUAGUAGUAGCCAAAAUGUAUGAUACAGAGCAUAUAAUAGCAAGCAACCACAAGCUGCUAUUAGCCAAAGUAGAAACAGGGCUCUAUAAAAGAAAAACCUCUUUUGUGAGGCUCUACAAAAAGGAUCGAGACAAAGUUAGUAUAGAUCUUAAAAAGAUAACAGAAGAAGACUGGAUCAACUACAAAGAAAAACUAGAAAAAGAAUUUAAAAAAUCAUUCAAAGAAGAUAAAAAAUAUAAACACCAAGCUUUCAAUAAAACAGAUCUAUUAGAAGAUAGCAACAUAGAUAAAACAUAG